UUUGGGAAAAAGAACUCCUUCCUACGCCCUUCCCUGCAUGAAAGUCGGACCCGGAGCUGGGAGCCGACUCCCUUAUGAGGACGAGGCUCCGCUUUGAAGCGCAGUAGGUGUCCUCGGGCUGAUGCAGUGAGGUGCGAGAUCGUCGCGAGGAGACAGGCGUGCGGUGUGACCUGCCAUCUGCCUGGCCUCUCUCCGACUUUCUGGGCCGUGGUCAGCAUCCCGGAGCCUCCCAACCGACAAGGGAGUGGUUACUGUAGUCAACAAGCCGACCACGGGAUGGGAAACGGGAGAGUGUCUGGUCGCAAAGCUUUGAUCCAGCGGGUUGCACGCUGCUCUACUAGCUGCACUUCUGCGGUAUCUAACGUUGACUCUCAGACACCCGUAGAAUUCCCUGAAACACCUAAGGGAGAGGAGGGAAAUAAAAUGACCCAUUUCGGGUUGUGGUUUGAUUUCCUGAGGAUACAACACCAUGGUUGGGGGUGUGGGCGGGAGAGAACCUGAGUCCGGAGAAAAGUAAAGGUGGAGCCUAAAGCACUCUCGGAAAAGUGGGGUGCCAAAGCUCGGGAAGCAUGACGACGGAGACCUUCGUGAAGGAUAUCAAGCCCGGGCUUAAGAAUCUGAACCUCAUCUUCAUUGUACUGGAGACAGGCCGAGUGACCAAGACAAAGGACGGGCACGAGGUUCGGACCUGCAAAGUGGCAGACAAAACGGGCAGCAUCAAUAUCUCUGUCUGGGACGACGUGGGCAACCUGAUCCAACCUGGAGACAUUAUCCGGCUCACCAAAGGGUAUGCUUCAGUGUUCAAAGGUUGUCUGACACUAUACACUGGCCGUGGGGGUGAUCUUCAAAAGAUUGGAGAAUUCUGUAUGGUUUAUUCUGAGGUCCCUAACUUCAGUGAGCCAAACCCGGAGUACAGCACCCAGCAGGCACCUAACAGGACGGUGCAGAACGACAGCAGCCCUACCACCCCCCAGCCUACCACUGGACCUCCUGCUGCUUCUCCAGCCUCUGAGAGCCAGAACGGGAAUGGACUGAGUGCCCCGCCAGGUCCUGGUGGCGGUCCACACCCCACACAUACACCCCCACACACCCCCAGCACCCGCAUUACCCGAAGCCAGCCCAACCACACACCUGCUGGCUCUCCUGGCUCCUCCAACAACCCUGUCAGUAACGGCAAAGAAACCCGGAGGAGCAGCAAGAGAUAGCAAAGCAUGCUUCCUCCCUCCAGCCACCGACUGUAGCCCCAGGUGUCUGCUAGGGAACACAGCCCUGUACUGUGUUGCCUGCUGGCUUUUGAGGGGGUGAGCAGCCACUAAACUUCACUGGAGGGUGGCAAGCAGUGGCCUUACCCACCCUAAGCCCAUACUCCCCAUUUUGUCCAGCUGAAGCUGCCUGGGAUUCCAGGCCCUCUGCCUACCUGCCUUCUUCUUUAGAAACGACAGUUACAGUCUGUUUCUUGAGUGUGUGAUGUGGAAGUCUCGUUGAAGCCCUUCUUCCUAAUAAAUGUUACCACUCUGUA